AUGUUCCGUUCGUCUUUCGGGUCAUGUCGGUCCAAAAACAUCUCCGACGUGAUUGAACAACCGGUUUUCGCCCCUCAUAACCGCCAACACUACCAGUUGAUCGAUCUUUUUUCUUCAAAACCUCGUCCAUUUUCUCCCGUUUGCAGACCCAAAUGGCCUGAAACAGAUGAACCCGAACACAGAUUUACUGUGAACAAGAACUUGUUUCCAAGAAGCAAAGUAUCAAAAGCAAACAGACACUCUCUUCUUGUUCCGGGUGAUUUUGAUGGUCGCAAGUGUCCACCUGUAUCACCCAUUUCACCUCUGAACACAUUCUCUGAGUUCCAAGAAUUUGAAGCAAAGCCAAUGGAGAAAAAAACCAGAAAGAUGAAGAAGAAGACCCAUUUGAAGAAUAAAAAGUUUGAUACUACUGAAUUUAGCUCAUGCAAAUAUAAUGGGUGGUUUAGCAGUGAUGAAGAUGAUGAUGAGACUACGCUUUUCUCUUCAAAGUCCCUCUCUCUUUCCUCUGAUUCAUCUGAUUCAUUUGCCCGAAACAAAGCUCGAUUUUGCGACAAAUCUCCUAAGACAAGGCGGAGAAGAACUGCGAAGAAGUUUGAGUUUGAGUCUGAGUCUGAGUCUGAAAAGGGUCCAAUGCCAUUAAAAGGAAAGGUGAGAGAUAGUUUUGCGGUGGUGAAGCGUUCAAGCGAUCCAUACAAUGAUUUCAGAGCUUCAAUGGUGGAGAUGAUCAUCGAAAAGCAAAUUUUCUCAGCUAAAGAUCUGGAGAAUCUUCUACAGUGUUUUCUGUCUCUGAACUCGUAUCAUAAUCAUAGGAUUAUCAUUGAGGUGUUCUGUGAGUGUUAG